AUGACGGUCGAGGAAGAUGACGUCCUCAAACUUGAAGGGGUGCACUGUACAGACAUAGAAAUGUUACUCUUGGGUUUUGGGGCAGCUGGGUUUGCGAUCCUCUACUACGAUUAUUUCCUCACUUUUUCCCUGGAGGUCGAACGAUUCUGGAGUCGGCGCUUCACAUUGGUAUCGUUCGCGUUCUUCCUCAAUCGUUACGUGCUGCUCUUGGGACACAUCCCCGUGAUCUUUGAGUUUUUCGGAACGAAUCAGUCCUCGUCUCUUUCACUUGUCAAGAUCGCGCAAUUGAGUCAAACUCCGGGCAUCCUCUCGGUCACGGACCCGUCGCUGAUCUCCAUCGGUUGCAACUAUUUUAUCACCAAAGAGCAAAGCCGUCACUUCGCGUUCAUUUGGGCUGCCGUUCUCGUGUUUGAUGCGGCGGUCUUCGGGCUCACAGUGGCAAAGGUUCUCAGGGUCGGACGCACGUGGCAAGGAAGUCUUUUCACAUUGAUGCUCGUAGACGGUGCCCUUUACUUCGGGGUGAUGUUCUUAUGCAACCUGGCGAACAUCGUAGUAUACUGGACUUGGACCGGCAAGUCCGCUUCCAAGAAUGCUAGCGUCACCAUGACAAAUAUCUUGUCAGCCACACUCAUGUCGCGUCUCAUGCUGCAUAUCCGUGACCCUGAGCUCUUGGAAGCUCGCUUCAACUAA